AUUUUUGCGUUGGUAUUUGCCGGUGUAUUCACAUAAUCUUUUUUUACUACUUUUCAAUGUAAAUCUGUAAUUAUGAAGGUAGUUCUUAUUCAUUAGAACAUAAAUUUUAAUUUCUGUUACCUACCAGACAAGAACUACAAUUGGAAACAAUUCGUAAAAUUGUGUUCUUAUAAAGUAACUUAUUGGAAAAAAGUGCCUGUUAUCAAACACGGCAUGAUUUAUUAUUCUAUUAUUUUGUUUCUAUCAUGCGCCCUUCCAGCUUAUCAAAUUUUAGCUGAAGAACUUCCUACAAGUGAAAAGCCAGUAAAGCCACAGCAGCCUGGCGAAGAAUUACUAUUGUGUCGGAAAUGUGGCUCUGACGUGGCGGACUCUUUUUACCUAUUCAACAAGCUAAGUCCUGGAGCACGGAAGACUGAGAAGCAGAACUUGUUUGGCAGGCAGAAUGUCUCUGUGCAGACAUUAGUCAAUCCUUUUGGAAUAAAUUUUGAUAUAGUUACUGCUGAAAAAGCGAGAUGCGAGAAUCUGGGUCUGCCUCAAGGUGCAGACUCAUGGUUUCCUGGUUAUGUGUGGCGGAUCUGUGCAUGUCCUCGUUGUGGACAUCAUCUUGGCUGGACAUUUGAGAGUGUGGCAGACCCAUCACAAGAAAAACCAAAGGAUCAAAUUCAGCAAUUCCAUGGACUUAUUCUUAGCAAUGUUCUAGGAGAGAAUUAUAAUGAUGCAAAUGUAGCUGCAAAGAAACAGGAUGCUCUAGAUGGGAUUCGAUAUGAAUCUCCUUCAAUAUCUUCUAGUUGUAACCUCAGGAUUUACAUUGAUGUGUCUGUUUUACAAGUUUCUAGUCUUGUAUGUCUUAAAAUGUAGAAAACAUCGGUAAAUGAUGGCUCUGUGUUUAUUUGAACUUUAGUUUUCCUACACUCAAUAUUCU